CGGGCCGGCGGGAAGAUGGCGGCGGCGGCGGCGGCGGGCUACUCAGCUGGGAAGGGGCGCGACAUUAGCCUGGCGGCCCUGCGGCGCCACGACCCCUACAUCAGCCGCAUCGUGGACGUGGCCAGCCAGGUGGCCCUGUACACCUUUGGCCACCGGGCCAACGAGUGGGAAAAGACUGAUGUGGAAGGAACCUUAUUUGUUUACACAAGGUCUGCUUCUCCGAAACACGGCUUCACCAUCAUGAACAGGCUGAGCAUGGAGAAUAGGACAGAGCCCAUCACGAAAGACCUGGAUUUCCAGCUCCAGGACCCCUUCCUUCUCUACAGAAAUGCCAGAUUGUCCAUUUAUGGAAUUUGGUUUUACGACAAGGAAGAAUGCCAAAGAAUUGCAGAGCUUAUGAAAAACCUCGCUCAGUACGAGCAGUUGAAAGCCCACCGUGGAGCGGUAGUGGGAGCGUCCCCCGUGAGCCUCAGCUCGGGAGAGGGCAAGGAGGCAGACAUCUUGCGCAUGCUCUCCAAGGCCAAGGACGAAUACACAAAGUGUAAAGCCUGUCCUGAGCCCAAACAGAUCAGCAGCUCGUCCGCCAUCUACGACAACCCCAAUCUCAUCAAGCCGAUUCCGGUGAAGCCCAGUGGGAGCCGGCAGCAGCGCGGCCCUCGGCCCAGCCAGACCUUAGACCCUGAACCCCAACACCUGUCCUUGACGGCUCUCUUCGGGAAGCAGGACAAAGCUACGUGUCAGGAAGCCGCGGGGCCUCCAAAGACCCUCCACCAGCAGCAGCAAGAGAAGCUUCCGAUUCGGCAGGGGGUCGUCCGCUCCCUGUCCUACGAGGAACCCCGCAGACGCUCGCCCCCGGUCGACAAGCAGCUCUGUCCCGCCAUUCAGAAGCUCCUGGUGGGGAGCGCAGACCUGCAGCCGCUGGCAGAGCUGCCCGAGAGCUGGCCCUGCAGAGACGCCGCCCGGCCAGGGUCUCCCCGCGGCCCCGAGGUCUCCCGCCGCGUGCACGGUGCCCCCAGGACUCAGAACGCGCCGGACCAGCUCCAGAGCAUUCCCGGGGCGCCGGCACCAGCCGCCUCGGCCGCCACCCUCCCGCCGCAGACGCCGGGGCCCCGGGCACUCCCGAGGCCAGCGCCCCCCGGCCCUGGGCCCGGCCGUCAGCCCCCGGGGCCCAGCGAGGUCUCCCCGCGGGAGCUGCUGUGGAAGCUGCAGGCGGUGCAGCAGGAGCAGCAGUUGCCGGCGCCCGGCCGCCCCGCCCUGGCGGCCAAGUUCCCCGCGGCCACCCCGCGUGCCCGAGCACGGAACCCCCUGGAGUCCUGGACGGACCAGACCCCCAGCGCGGAGCAGCAGGCCCCCCUCCUGCAGGCCGUGCUUACAAGCACUGAGUGCGUGCCCCGCCCCUGCUGCACGUGGUACGUGGAGAUGAGGAGCUGGGUGCCCUGUCCCUGCGGACGCCGCAGCCCGUGGGCGCUUGAGGCAGGUCCCCUUCCAGUGCUCGCGAGGUGCGGGGCCACGGUGCUCUUGUGACUGCCUGCGAAGCCACCGCUCCUCGCGACGGCACACAGGGACAGUUAAGCAGACCACCCGCCCUCCUCCAGGCUACUUGGUGCCCAAGACGACGCCCAGGGAGCUUCUGAAACCGCGGCUGGCCCUGUGCCUGGUCUCAUGAGCCCCUGGGCCUCAGGAGGCUAACAGUAGCACCCUUCCCUCUCACCUGAGCUGGGGACAAGUGAGAGGUGGCUGUAAGCGUCAGGUGGGUCAGCUGUCGCCUGCACAACUGGAAACACUAUUGGGACCCCUGGUUUUAGGCCUGGUGGCCAAGACAGGCAGACAGACCCGCCCAGACGGAUGGCCACCUGCACGCCUGCAGGAGUGGCCCCAGGGCUGCCCCCGAGACCCGAGCACGGAGAGUCAAGAGGUGGGGUGGACGGUGACCCCGCCGCCUGCCCGCCCCGCCGCACCAGGCGAGGGGGCAGGCAGUGGCCGGUGGAUCCCUCACAGCGGAAGCUCGGGGCCGCAGCCGGGCAGGGACGCAGACGGACAGCCCUGGCCGAAAAGCUGGGGUCCUGGCCUGUGUCCCCAGGCGAUGACAGGAAGCCGGAGAAAGGAGGUGCUGCUCAGAGUGCGAGCUUUGCCUGCCAUGGGGACCAUAGUCAGGACAGCAGGCGCCGGCCGCCGGUACCCUGGAGGGAGGAGCGGGCAGAUGGAGACUGGCUUCCCGUCGCCCGCAGCCAUGGACGGUUAACACUGAACCCGCUGUGUCCUCCGCGCCCUCUGCACCCGCCCCGUGCGCGAGCCGCCCUCACCCGCCCACCCGUUGGCCCGUUUCCC